UGUGUUAAGAAAACUAAAGGUGCUCUCAACUAUCUCUGUCACUUUUCUUCUGAUGUUUGUUUUGUGAGUUGUCUUUAUCCUGUUAUAAAUAUGAACAGAGAGGGUGAAAAUACUAUCAUGUUUAACUCCACGUUUGUUCGUCCUCUACAUUUUUAUCUCGGUGGGUUUUACAACAUCCCUCAUGUUAAGUAUUACUAUGUCUUCUUGUGCUUUGUGUACAUCAUGACUGUGCUUAGCAAUGGUUUCCUCCUCUCUGUUAUUUACCUGGUGAAGUCUCUCCACACUCCCAGAUACAUAAUAGUGUUCAACCUGGCUCUGACAGAUCUGUGUGGGAGCACUGCGCUCAUCCCAAAACUCUUGGACACGUUUUUGUUUAACAGGCGGUACAUUGUUUAUGAGGCCUGCUUAACUUACAUGUUCUUUGUUUUAUUCUUUGGAAGUAUGCAGUCAUGGACUCUAGUCAUAAUGGCCUAUGACAGAUUUGUAGCAAUUUGCUUUCCAUUGAGAUAUAACAUUAUUGUAACAAGGAAAUCAAUAGUUACAAUUCUGCUGUGUUCAUGGACAUCUCUGGUCAUGGUCAUUGGAGCCUUGGUUGGACUUCUUGAGCGCCUGUCCUUUUGUGCAUCUGUGGUAAUACAAAGUUUUUUCUGUGAUCAUGGACCAACAUAUCGUUUGGCAUGUAAUAAUAUAUACAUAAACUACAUAAUGUCUAAUUUCACCUUUGCUGUAGUCAUUUGUAUUCCUCUCGUACUGAUCGGAGCCACCUACAUCUGUAUUUCUAUAGCUCUAAGCAGAACUGCAUCCAGAGAAGAACGACUUAAAGCAAUGAGAACUUGUACUUCUCAUCUGAUUCUCGUGGCCCUUUUCUUUAUACCAUAUCUGAGCACAAAUAUAACAGUGAAAACAAACGGCAUUGAUCCUAAUAUGAGGAUAUUAAAUUCUAGUUUAUCACACACAGUUCCCUCUCUGCUAAAUCCGAUCAUAUAUGCUUUAAAGACGGAAGAAGUGAUAAGUGCUUUUAAGAGGUUUUGCAAGAGAAGAAAAAUAAACAGACUCGUCUCACAAUUGCAAACUCGGACUUCUUAGUGCUUUAAGGCAUAACUUUAAAAAAUUAAUAUUACCUCAUGUUUUGUUGUUUUGCUGUGUUGAUUUUUUAAUGCUGAUAAUAUGGUUGCAUGUGUAACAAAGUUAUUAGGUAUGCACAUGUGUUUUUGUUAAUAUGAUUUAUUUCAGAUACGUGUUAUUUUUUUGUUAAAUACAAGCCAUUUUACGUGCAGUGGUGUUUUUAUAAAGCAUAGUGAUGACUUUAGAUAUACCUGAGAUUCUAAAUUGAAGUGAUUAGUAGAUAUAUUUACAGUUGGUUGUUUGUGAA